AUGUAUGACUACUUGCGUUGUAACGUUCAAUAUAUUGGUGCAUUUACUUAUAUGGUUCAAAAGAUGUUUGAAUCAACGAUAAGUAGCACGUUUCUUGUUCGUUUGCAAGUACAUCUCGAGUUCUUGAGUUACAAGAUUGUUAUACAAGAAGCUCUCAGAAUCUCGAGUUCUAAGGAAGUAUACAUAGAUGUGGAUGAAGAUAUUGAAACAUUCGAGCUACAUGAUUUCAGUGAAUUUUUCACAAUUUCGACUGCAUUUGAUAGUAAAGAUGCACUAGUCGAGUGGGCGAUGAAUAUGGCCAUCAGUCAUGGACAUGAGAUUAGGCGACAGUCUUACCACGAGGGCCGACAAUAUUUGACUUGCAAAAGAGCCUAUAAGAGUCGAGGAAAAAAUGCAGAGGUCGAAACAAGCCGGAAGUCCGGUUCAAUAAAGUGUAAAUGCCCUUUUGCGCUAUGGGGUAAAGAGGGUCGUGAUGGAUUAUGGCGCCUUACCAUCAAAAAUGGCAAGCACAAUCAUAAUCCUCAUAAAUAUCCACAAGGACUACGUUCGCUAAGUCGUCUGACUGAAGAGCAACGAGAAGUGACAAAGAUACUGAAAAAGAGCCAUGUGAAGCCGAAGGAAAUUUUGCAUCAUCUGAGGCAGGUGAAUCCGGAUACGGCUGCGUCCUUGAGAGAAGUGUACAAUGAAUCACAGAAAAUUAGACGAGAGGAAAUGAAAGGAAAAACAGUUAUACAACAUCUGUGGCACGAACUAAGUGAGAGUGGAUACAGCAAAUGGCAUCGAACAAAUCCAGCUGGUGAUACAGUGCAAGACGUUAUGUUUGCGCACCCUGAUUCAAUAAAGCUUUUGCAGUUAUUUCCAUACGUCAUCCUGAUGGAUUGCACGUACAAGACUAACAGGUAA